UCCCCAAUCGUCACACUCUCGCUCGCUCUCUGCAAGAAAGUAAAGAAGAAGAAGAAAAUGGACGAAUACUUACAGUACAUGAAGACAUUGCGUUCUCAGAUGAACGAUGUGGAGGAUCAAGCUGCGAAGGUCUCAGUGGAAGAGCAAAUGCAACUGACCACCAUUCAGACCAUGGAGAGCGAUCUCAAUUCUGCAAUAUCUGAAACAAAACGAUUCAUGGAAGACAUUGAGCAUAUGAAGAACACGAAGGGUCAAAUAUGCUCACUGAUUUUGGAAAAACAGAGAAAGAUAGCUUCUUUGGAGUCUGAUUCAUCCACCCUUAUAAAGACUUUGGAGCUUAUCGAACAAGAGAGGACCAACUUAUCUUCCAAUCUUAUAGAAAAAAGCACUUACUACAUGAAGGUUAGAGAGGAUAUCAAUGCCAAAUUGCAGCAACAGCAGGAUUGGGUCUAUUCUCAUCACACUCAUAUGGAACUGGGAGAGCAUGGAAUGGUUAAGGAGAGAUCUGAUGAGCAAAGAGGGAAGGCUUGCUUUGAUAACCACCUCAGCAUUGGCAAUCAGGGCAAUGAUGCAAGGAAGAACCUAAUGGCCACGUUGGACUCUGCUAAAGCCAAGCUUGAUGAGAUUUUAAAGAUGAAAUCUGAACUUGCUAUAGAAAACCGCAAGAUGAAACAGGCUAUUGAGCAAGCAAAUUGCAGGGAAAAUGAUUUUAAGCCAGAGCUAAGGGCAAUGGAUGUAAACACCCUUGAAGAGGAAUACGAUGCCCUUCUAUCAGAUAAAGCUGGAGUAACUGAAUACCUGAAGUCUCUGCAGGACCAAAUUGAGAAACUGAAGGAAAUAUCUCAUGUGGUUAAAUGUGCUUGUGGAGAGGAAUACAAAGUGUUAGUGGACUUUUGUGCAUAAAAACUUGAAACUAGGGCAUGAAUUUGGGCAAGAUGGAAGGCUGAGAAAUGGAAUCAUCAGUUGGCUGGACUACUUGGUUUGCUGUUCAGGUAAGUGUCCAAACAAAAGUCAAAAACAAUUUCUGACACCUUUGUUGCAACAAGGACGUAAUGAUAUUACUUUAGUUGUUGGUACAGUGCAAGUUGAAAGUAGUUUGUCUUUAGUGAAUAGACGUUAUUUCUGUUGCAAACACUAUAUUGUACAUGAAAAUAUGUUUGUAUCUCAAGUGGCUGGACUACUUGGUUUGCUGUUCAGGUAAGUGUCCAAACAAAAGUCAAAAACAAUUUCUGAUACCUUUGUUGCAACAAGGACGUAAUGAUCUUACUUUAGUUGUUGGCACA